GACUCGACGUUCUACAUUCACGAUUAGUUCUUCUGCCACCGCUCACCAAAAUGGACAGCCGAAGGAAAAGUUUCGCUCUUUUCACGUUCUUCAUCAUCGUACUUCUGGCACGAUCGGUUACGUGUGGAAAGUAUUCCCGAUUCCGACUGGCCGACGUUCAGCGAAAGUCGGCCAACGAUGUACCCUGUACCUGUGCCAUCUACCUCACCGGACAGUUCAACCGGUUCAACCGCACGGAACAACCGAAGGGUAAUCCGGGAAUUCAGCUAGAGCUGUUGCAGCACUUUCCCUGCACGACAUCCGGCAACAAGCAGUGCGCGAACAAAUGUUUGGACUCGAUCGUGAAACAUUUGCCCAACUCGCAGAACGUCAUCUGUGCCACGAUCGAUCGUGACUGCUUUCGCGAGCGUGCCUACUUGUUCUACCAAAACUGUGCUCCCCGGUGGGUGAACAGCAAUCUGUCGGCCGGGAAAGAGUUCUGCUGCCAGAACGACAAACCCAUGCGCUGCAAUCUGAUGGCGGAGUUUAUACGGCAAUCGUUGCGCGAAAGCAACACUACCAGCACCAGUUCCGACGAGCAGAACGUAUCUGACCGGUGAUAUCUUGAGCGGGGCGAUUGAAUAAAUACGAUAGAUGCACAACACCGAGUGCGUGUAGAGUUGUUCUUCCUCACAUCUUCAUCCCUUACUCGUCGCGGUAACACUCCACGCCGGGAAGGGCUGAAACUUUAUUCCGGAGAUGGUUUUCCGAAACAUACAGUGCACACGCUUCAAGACCAAAUCGACCGG